AUGCCUUCGCGAAGAAGAACUCUAUUGAAGGUCAUCAUUCUCGGUGACAGCGGGGUGGGGAAGACGUCUUUGAUGAACCAAUAUGUGAAUAAAAAGUUUAGUAAUCAGUACAAGGCAACCAUUGGAGCGGAUUUUUUGACCAAAGAAGUGCAAUUCGAAGAUAGGCUUUUCACCUUACAGAUUUGGGAUACAGCUGGCCAAGAAAGAUUCCAAAGCCUUGGAGUUGCUUUCUAUCGAGGUGCUGAUUGUUGUGUUCUAGUAUAUGAUGUUAAUUCAAUGAAAUCAUUUGACAACCUUAACAACUGGAGGGAAGAAUUUCUGAUUCAAGCAAGUCCGUCCGAUCCAGAGAAUUUUCCUUUUGUUGUCAUAGGAAACAAAAUAGAUAUUGAUGGUGGGAACAGCAGAGUGGUGUCAGAAAAGAAGGCUCGAGCUUGGUGUGCAUCCAAAGGAAAUAUUCCAUACUUUGAGACAUCUGCCAAAGAAGGUAUUAAUGUGGAAGAAGCAUUCCAAUGCAUAGCAAAGAAUGCCCUGAAAAGUGGAGAAGAAGAAGAAUUAUACCUGCCAGACACAAUUGAUGUCGGAAACAGCAGUCAACCACGGGCAACAGGUAUUGCUUUGGUGAUCGACCCUCAACAUACUAGAGUUUGCGAGAAGUUCUUGGUUAUCUCUCAAGGUAUUGAAGCUACCGACCGACCAAUAUAUAACCUUGGUUUGCUUCAAAUCAUGGCGAGCAAAUUUUCCGACCCCUGUAAUUCAAACAAUAAGGGCCUGAAACAUAUUCUAGAUUAA